AUGCAUUUAUUUGGUUCGUCGUCCCAUCAGCAGUCAGAGUGGUUUAGAGGCAGGGUCGCCUUGAAGGAGCUGGCGGCUACCUCGCUGAACGACAUACAGAAUGCUCGGCGCAUGCCAUUCAGAGCUGCUGAUCGGUUAAGUGUCUUCAAGGCACAGACACGCUGCGCCUCCUUAACACCCCGUCACAACAUCAUCCCAUCAGCACAGCACCACUUCGUUACACCUCGUCACCACAACAUUGCCUCGUUACCACCUCAUCACCACAAUGCAACCUCGUUACCAUGUCGUCAUCACAACACCAUCCCGUUACCAUGUGUCAUCACAAUACUACCCCGUUACCAUGUCGUCAUCACAACACCAUCCCGUUACCAUAUCGUCAUCACAACACCAUCCCGUUGCCAUAUCGUCAUCACAGCACCACUCCGUUACUAUGUCGUCAUCACAACAUCAUCCCGUUACCAUAUCGUCAUCACAAUACCACCCCGUUACCAUGUCGUCAUCACAAUACCACCCCGUUACCAUGUCGUCAUCACAAUACCACCCCGUUACCAUGUCGUCAUCACAGCACCAUCCCGUUACCAUGUCGUCAUCGCAACACCACCCCGUUACCAUGUCGUCAUCAUAACACCAUCCCGUUACCAUGUCGUCAUCGCAACACCACCCCGUUACCAUGUCGUCAUCAUAACACCAUCCCGUUACCAUGUCGUCAUCAUAACACCAUCCCGUUACCAUGUCGUCAUCGCAACACCACCCCGUUACCAUGUCGUCAUCAUAACACCAUCCCGUUACCAUGUCGUCAUCGCAACAUCAUCCCGUUACCAUGUCGUCAUCAUAACACCAUCCCGUUACCAUGUCGUCAUCGCAACACCACCCCGUUACCAUGUCGUCAUCAUAACACCAUCCCGUUACCAUGUCGUCAUCAUAACACCAUCCCGUUACCAUGUCGUCAUCGCAACACCACCCCGUUACCAUGUCGUCAUCAUAACACCAUCCCGUUACCAUGUCGUCAUCGCAACACCAUCCCGUUACCAUGUCGUCAUCGCAACACCACCCCGUUACCAUGUCGUCAUCAUAACACCAUCCCGUUACCAUGUCGUCAUCAUAACACCAUCCCGUUACCAUGUCGUCAUCGCAACACCAUCCCGUUACCAUGUCGUCAUCGCAACACCAUCCCGUUACCAUGUCGUCAUCGCAACACCACCUCUUUCUAAUUCUAAUUCUUUACCGUACUAUGUAUACCUGUUUUAA